AUGAUUUUCGAACCAGAUCUCCGUGUUCCAGUCCCUAAUACCGAUAUCCUGACCUAUAUCUUCGCCAACCCUCCCUAUGACCCUAACAAGCCGGUCUAUGUCGAUGUGUCCAACCCUGCCCGUUCAAUAUCGCUCGCGCAAGCGCGCACAAUAAUCCGCCAGCUCAUCGCGGGCCUGCGGGCCUGGGGCGUGAAGGAGGGGGAUUGUGUUGCUAUCCAUUCAUUCAACGAUAUAUACUAUUCGAUACUCGUCCUCGCUACCAUCGGCGUCGGCGGGAUCUUUACAGGCACGAAUCCCAGUUACACCUCCCACGAAUUGGCGCACCAUUUCCGCACAGCAGAUGUGAGCUUCGUGCUCUCUGAGCCAGAGAUUCUGGGUCCGGUGCUGGAGGCUGCGAAGGUCGUGGGGAUCCCUGAGAGCAGUGUGCGGAUCUUCAACCCGCUGCCUGAGCAGGCGGUUCCAGAGGGCAGAGCCUCCUGGAAGGAACUUUAUAAUCAUGGCGAGGAAUGCUGGGUCGAGUUCGAUGACGAGGUCAAAUCAAGAACGACGGCCGCUGCGAGACUGUUUAGUUCGGGGACGACGGGGCUCCCGAAGGCCGUGACGAACACGCAUAGGAAUCUUAUCGCGCAGCAGGAGCUUGUCUUUCAGAUCCACCCGCGAGACUAUGAAAGAAGGCAUAUUUUCGCAACACCCGUAUUCCAUGCCGCCGUCGCGCCGAGCACACAUGUCGGCGCCCUGAAAUCAGGUCAUACAGUGCACUUGAUGCGCCGAUUUGAUCUCGCACUAUACCUGCAAGCCUGCUUAAAGUAUCAGAUCACAGAUCUGAUGCUGGUGCCGCCCCUCGUCAUCGCAUUGCUGAUGAACGACAUGGCAUACGAGAAGCCGUACCUGCGCUCUGUGCGGAGCGCGGCCUGCGGCGCAGCGCCGCUGGAUAAAAACGUCCAGGGGAGACUGCGCAAACUCCUCGGCCCCGGCGCUUCAUUCACGCAGGUCUGGGGCAUGACUGAGACCACCUGCAUUGCGACAUCUUUUAUUUACCCAGAAAGCGAUGACACCGGGUCGGUGGGGAGGUUGAUUGCGAAUUUGGAGGCUAAGUUAGUCGACGAUCAAGGGAAGAAUAUCUCCGCCUACAACACGCGCGGCGAGCUCUGCGUUCGCGGCCCCACCGUUACGCCGGGGUACUUCAACAACCCUUCUGCGAAUGCAGAAUCCUUUGAUGAGGACGGCUGGUACCACACCGGCGACAUCGCAUACUGCGACGCCGCCAGCAGGAAAUGGUACAUUGUCGAUCGGAAGAAGGAACUUAUCAAGGUGCGCGGGUUCCAGGUUGCGCCACCAGAACUCGAGGCCGUGCUGCUUUCUCACCCGCUUAUCGUUGAUGCGGCGGUCAUUGGAAUCAAGGAUAAAAGGGAGGACGGGAGUGAGCUGGUACGUGCGUAUGUGGUUAGAAGACCUGGGAAGGGUGAGGGGUUGACGGAGGAUGAGGUCAAGGAGUAUUUGGGGCAACGAUUGGCAAAGUACAAGGCUCUGACGGGGGGUGUGAGGUUCGUGGAAGCGAUCCCCAAGAAUGCCUCUGGGAAGAUCCUGAAAAGGAUGCUCAGGAAGGAGGCCGAGAGGGAGAGUAAGGGGAGAGAGAGCGCGGGAGAGAACAAGGCGAAGCUGUAA